AUAUAAAAAAGGACCGUCUUUUUCGUUGACGGGUCUCCCUUACCCCCCUUUUUUCAUCUUUUCUAAUUUUCAACUCGUUUUAUUUCUUAUUUGCAAAAAAUUAAUAAGCGCAAAUCAUCUUAUCUUAUCUAAUAACCCACCAAGUAAAAUGACGGAUAACUUUAAAUCACUUAUUGUCAAAAAUCUUCAUUCCAAUGUCACUGAGGAUUCCCUCAAGUCAGUAUUUACUCUGAUUUCGCCUGUGAAAAGUGUGAAAUUAGCAGAACAUACAAAUUCAAAGGCCAACUCAAAUUGUGCUGUCAUUGAUUUUUAUGAACAUGAAGGUGCUGAACAAGUGAUACAUACCAUGGACAAACGCACGCUGAAUAAUCAGCAAAUAUCAGUGCAAUGGAAUACCAUCAACAAUAAUUCUCAUUUCGAGUUUCAAGAACAAGAAGCAUCGCAACAGCAGCAAGAACAAGAUCAACAUGAACAACAAGCCUCUGAAGAAGAAGAGGAUACCUCCUCCCUCAGUUCCUUGGAUGAUCUUGAUUAUAUUGAAGAUGUUCAUAAAGCACACUCAAGACGUGCGUCUGUGACAGACCAUGACAAUAGUAAUUAUGUCCUUCUUUCAAACGAGCCCUAUGAAAGAGUGUUUGCUCAGACGCCUCUGUACAUUACUUCUAUUUGUGUUCGCAAUCUACCCAAGAAUGUCAUCAUGCAUGAUAUUGCUCCCCAUUUCCAGCAAUUUGGCCAUGUCUCGGAUAUUCACAUCAAGACGCUCGAGAACGAACAAAAGAAGGCGAUUGUCAAGAUGGACACACAUGCGAAUGCUGCUACCGCUAUUUGUGCUCUCCAAGGCAUCACCAUCGGCGGAAAAUCCGCUGUCCUCAACUGGUCCACCACAGAAGAAGAAGAAACCAUCAACAGAAAGAUCAAUAAUGAACAUCAUCUCCAACACUAUUACAACAACCUCAAUCAUCAACCUGUCACCUCACAACUCAAUGCUGCGACAAGAAAAAAGUCGGCCAAAUCCGUCAUUAUGGAAGACAGCUACCUCAUGAAUACAACCAGUAUGAGACCACCCGCUCCUGCUGCUCCUAGUACCAGCAGCGGUGCUGACCAUAAGCAUGCUCCAGGCACCCAACCUUCCAAAGAAGGCCUCGUUCAUGGCUGGGACCAAUAUUACCGACAAUACUACAAUGCGAGUCAUAUCUCCACCGCUAUCUAAACCACACUCCCCUCUCCCCUCUCCCCAUUGAAAUGUUGAAGAGAGCAACAAAAUAUUCCCUCAUAUAUUGAACUCGAUAGUAUUGAUUUACCAUUUGUUUCUAUUCUUCACCUAUUUCACACUGCAUUCUUUCUUUUCUUACUCUCUUCCUCACUCUCUCACUCACACUCUCUUUUAUCAUUCGAUCAUCUGCCCUAUAACAAUAAAAUAUAAAAAUAUGUAUAUAUAAAAAAAAAAAAAAAA